UGCCCGCAGGCCCCUGGCUGCCCCGACUACGCCAUGCUCUCCUUCAUGGGCGGCUUCCACGGGAGGACCCUGGGUUGCCUAGCUACAACUCACUCUAAAGCAAUUCACAAGUUGGACAUUCCAUCCCUGGAUUGGCCUAUUGCUCCAUUUCCAAGGCUAAAGUAUCCCCUGGAAGACUUUGUGAAGGAGAAUCAACAGGAAGAAGCCCGUUGUUUAGAGGAGGUGGAAGACCUGAUUGUAAAGUACAGGAAAAAGAAGAAGAUUGUGGCUGGAAUCAUUAUAGAACCAAUACAGUCAGAGGGGGGGGACAAUCAUGCUUCAGAUGACUUCUUCAGAAAGCUACGAGAUAUUGCCAGGAAGCACGGCUGCGCGUUCCUGGUGGAUGAGGUGCAGACAGGAGGUGGCUGCACAGGGAAGUUCUGGGCACAUGAACACUGGGGCCUGGACGACCCAGCUGAUGUGGUGACAUUCAGUAAGAAGAUGAUGACAGGAGGAUUUUUCCACAAAGAGGAGUUCAGGCCAAAUGCUCCCUAUCGGAUUUUCAAUACCUGGCUUGGAGAUCCAUCCAAGAACCUUAUGCUUGCUGAAGUCAUUAAGGUUAUUAAAACAGAAGACCUUCUAAACAAUGCAACCCAUGCUGGGAAAGCACUGCUGACUGGGCUGCUGGAUUUACAGGCUCGUUACCCCCAUCUCAUCAGCAGAGUGAGAGGGAGAGGAACGUUCUGUUCCUUUGACACUCCAAAUGAUGCGACUAGAAACAAGUUAAUUACAAUAGCCAGAAACAAAGGGGUUGUGCUGGGAGGCUGUGGUGACAGAUCCAUUCGUUUCCGUCCCACGCUGAUCUUCAAGGACCAUCACGCACACCUUUUCCUCAACAUCUUCAGUGACAUCUUGGCAAACUUCAAGUAAAAAGCAGUUCGUUGCACUGAACAGCUGAUUAUGAAAUUAGUUUGCAUUAAUUCAUGUCUUCUCUACUUACAAGAUAAGUGUAAAGUCAUAAACUGAGGUUUGUGUUGUCUGUAACCCUGCUCCAUGCCAGCUCGACCCCGGCAGAGCGCUGGUACUGGUCACCAGCAGGUCCCUCAGCCGUCCCACACUGUGCGUUCCUGCCAGCCCUGGCCCUCCAUCUUCUGGCUUGGGCCACGCUCACUGCAGA